AUGUCUUCCAAUACAAAUCCCGGCAACUUUGCCAACCGGCCUCAUGAGGAGGUUUCAAGAAUUGCCCAGCAGGGUGGCCAGUCAAGCCAUCAAGGUGGAUUUGCUUCAAUGGAUCCGUCCAAGCAGACAUCGCAUCCAAGGGUGGCUCUGCCUCCAGUGGUAGUUUUCAACCUGGCGACCAGCGCGCGUGAAGCAGGUCAAAAGGGCGGCCACGCCUCUAGUGGAAGCUUCGAGCCCGGCGAUGAGCGUGCUAAAGAGGCUGGGCACAAGGGUGGCUUGGGAGGGCCGUCUGAAUAG